GCUUUGAUUCAAUGCCGGGUCUGCAUCUACAAGAACGCCCCGAGUAGCCAAGGUAAUAGACCUUUGGACAUUUUCGUCAGUGCGGUGCCAGACGUCAUCCUCUCUGAAGGCUGUUUGUGCUCCUCCCUCUAUGUUUGGUGCUAAUUGAAGGGAGAGAGGGAGUGUAUAACAUAUUUCUCUGUCAACUCAACAUUUAGCUGCGCCACUGUUUCUGUCACGACUAGUAGAUAGAUCCACCCACCCGCGACGUUUUUGUGAAGCGCGCGUGAGGAGUAAGAAAGCGUAUUGUAAAAUAUUUAGUGGCAAGCCUAGGCUCUAGGACUUUAUUACGUUUAUUAAGUAAUGAGGUUACUACGAAAAUUGUAGGCGUAUCUAGGAAUCCUUCCAAAACACACAAGGAGCGGAACAAGGAUAUCCACUCCCUCUCAGACUUGCUGGGAAAGCAGGUUAUUUGAGGACCAAACGACAGACCAUGGAAGAUAGCCCUCAGCGGGCUGUGCAAGGCCUGGGCUCCUUCCCGUGGUACGUGGGGGGGACUCAGGUUCUGGGCCUGGCCUGUGUGGUGAUCACGGGCGUGUGGAUGGGCAGCUAUCACGGAGGCUACGCCUGGGACGGUUCGGGACAGGAGUUCAAUGUACAUCCCCUCUGCAUGGUCCUGGGCCUGGUCUUUCUCUAUGGAGAUGCGAUCCUGGUGUACAGAGUAUUUAGGAAUGAAAGCAAACGCAACGUCAAGAUUCUCCAUGCUGUGCUCCACCUUCUCGCCCUCAUUAUCAGCAUAGUGGGUAUCGUGGCUGUGUUUGACUUCCAUAAUCAUAACAAGAUCCCCAACAUGUACUCCCUCCACAGCUGGUGUGGCAUGCUCACCUUUGUUCUCUUCUGUGUACAGUGGCUGAUGGGGCUUGGUUUCUUCCUCUUCCCUGGGACGUUAAUGGCGCUGCGGAGCUGGUACCUGCCACUACAUGUCUUCUUUGGGCUGGCCAUGCUCGCCAUGUCCCUAGCCACCUGCCUACUGGGCAUUUCAGAGAAAUUGUUCUUCAGUAUCCAGCACACAUAUUCACAGUUCGUCCCAGAGGGGAUCCUUGGUAACAUGCUGGGACUGCUGCUAGUAGCAUUUGGGAUUCUGGUAGGCUACGUGGUGACACGGGAGGACUUCAGGAGACCCCCACACCCAGAGGAGGAGGCCUUAUCUGUACACUUUAAGACCCUGACUGAGGGGGGAGGGAGCCCCACCUCGCCUUAAACCGGGAAACACUCUGGUCUGAAAAGCUACUGUGUGCUCAGGCUUUUAUAAAAAAAAAAAAUAUCUGGAAUGGAACAAAAGCCUGCACACCCAGUAUCUCUCCAGGUCCAGCUGAUAUGUUGUCUUUAUUUCAUGUCACAUCAAGAGCAGUUCUACAAGACCCCCUUGUGGUGAAAUGGAGGUAAUGCAGGACUGAUUUGACCAAUGUAUUUGAUUGCUGCCACAGAUUAGCCAUCACAAAAGUGCCAUAUUAGGUCUCUUAAAAACAAAAUAGCCUUUGCUAAGUGUUCAGUGAGGACAAAGCCAUGUGUCCAAGCCAAUUAGUUGUGCCUUCAUCUAGGGCAGCAGGGUUAUACUGGAAGUUACUCAUUUUUUUAACAAACAACUUCCAUGACUUUCAAGCUUGUGAUAAAUUUAGAAGUUGCAGUUCAUUCAGGGAUGUUCAUUGUGACAAAAUAAUAUUGAAUUUAUGAUAAAGGCCCAAAAGUAUGCACGAAGUUGUGACUGAAUGAUGCCUGGAUUUUUGGGGUUGAAUUCUAAAUGACCCCUAGGUACUCUUGAAGGUGCUUCUUCACCAUUCCUUAUAUUUGGCUGGGUUGAAUUUUCACCAUUGAUUCAGGGUUUCCCCAACAGUCUCCCCGGACCCACCCAGAUGUUAUAUAUAUAUAUAUUAGUUUUAACCCUAAAGCACAACUGACUCAAUUAGUCAAAGGCUCGAUGGUUACCUAAUUGAAUCAGGUGUGCCAGUUAAAACAAAUGUGAAACGUUACCUCCUAGGAGAGGGUUGGGAAACUUAUCCAAUAGUUUCAGGGCCCAGUUCUUCUGAUUGGGUAAUUUUCUGUCUUGAAAUACCCAAUCAAAUUCAAGACUCAAAGGUAGUGAUUAGGAUACUCCGUAGAGCAUUACAUGUUCACCCAUAUGUAAUAAAAUGAAUGCACAACUAAGUCGUUUUGGAUAGAAAGCACCUGCUAAAUGGCAAAUUUUCACAAUCUUGAUCACAUGUGGAUUUAGAAAGGUGAAAGACACUACAACGAAGACAUUUCAAUAUAACUAAGGUGGGGAGGUUUAAACAUUCUUACAUUAAAUCGAUGCAGUAUAGGUAUGUGGUCAGUUAUAUUGAGGUGUCAAAUAAAUGCAUGUUCUUUUGUGGGAUACAGACAAUUCAUCUUAGUUACUUUAAUGUGUUUCACUAUGACAGUGUAGACGUAGUCAUGACCUGUCCAGUAGAGGGCAAGGUGUAGGCCUACUCAAAGCACUGAAAAUCCAGAUUCUGUGAUCUUAAUAUUGUAGGAUCUGAUCCUUUUAAAAUAAAUGCUCAAUUGAUCUGAUCUUAUUUGCAAAAUAUGGGGUUACAGAAUCGGGAUAAUUUCUGGGCUAAGGGGUCGAUUCAGUAAAUAUCUUUAUGCUUCUGUGAUAAGUGUAAAAUGCUCAGAGCUACUGUAAUAGAAGGGUGUUAUAGUAUGUGUGCCAAACUGGAUUUAAUUGUACAAUAUGCUGCUUCCAUGUUUGACUGUUGUAUGAAUUAUGUAUUGUAAUUUGCUGUGUUCGAAGCAUCUACUUGUCCUCAUAUUUAAUCAGUUUAAAGCAUAAUGUAAUUAAGAUUAGAUUAAAUAUCGCUACCUCUAUUUUCACUUGUGGAAACUUGUUCUAUACAAUAGGUACUGCUGACUGACUUAUUAAAACCUAUAUUGCCUUCCUAUAACUUAUUAAAGAUGCAUGACUCAA